AGGUCGAGAAAAACCACGUACGUAAGAAGCCUUUACGUCCUGGUCAAACGGUUAACUAACACGUGGAGGCAACAAUUCUCGAACCAAUCCUCGUGUCCUCGACACGUGGAGGCACCCAAGCACGUCCCUUUGGAAAGAGAGAAAAUGGCAGACAACAAGCAAAAUAUAAGCUACCAAGCCGGUCAAGCCGCUGGCCAGACUAAGGAGAAGGCAAGUGGAAUGAUGGACAAGGCCAAAGAUGCUGCUGCUUCAGCUCAAGACUCCCUGCAACAGACGGGACAACAAAUGAAGCAAAAGGCACAAGGAGCUGCUGAUGUGGUUAAGGACAAGACCGGCCUCAACAAGAACACCUAACCAUUUAUAAUUUCCAUUCUAAUAUAUUCCUCCGUUCUUUGAGUUAUUUAAUAAUUUUGGGGGGAACUUAAUUCUCAUUACUGCUGCUGCUUCUGAUGCGAUUUCCCUUUUUUUUUUUUUUUGAUGUUUAUGUAAUCUUCUCCAAUAAAUAUACAUUAUCUGUUUUGUUUCAGUAUGAAAAGUUUAACAAAAAAUAAUGAAAAUUAU